GCUAGGCUGACACGCAGCCUACCACUCCCGUCAGUGACUGCGGUUGGCAAAUUUGAGAAUUGACUUGAAUGCUGAUUUGGGGAGAGAUCGACAAAGACGGGAGAUUAGUGGAUGUUUGAAAUAAAUAAAAAAUGGGACGACGACGGAUUGUGAGGAGCUGUCCAAUUGUUCAAACGCACCUGCUUAAUCAGACAGACUAACAAUUCCCUCAGUUCAAAAUCCAGGGACACUUCAGGAAGGAAUCGAGGAAAUACAGAUUCAGAAGAAGCAAAACUUCUAAGGGUUCUGAGCCGUCGGUCCUCGCACUGUGUGGAAUCGCUGAGAGGACGCCCCAGAGAGGCAUUUGAAAUGAAUUCAGCACUGGGCCAGGCGGUCAGCAACCCAAAGUCGAGUGAUGUAACCGCUUCAUGCGCCAAAGGCAAAGAGGAAAAAAAGGGAAAAAAUCUAAUCAGAGGCUGGAAAAGGGAGAGGGAUGCUUUCAGGACGAGGAAAGAGAAACAUUAUGGUCAAAGAAGUCCCAUUAUAAAUUCUAUACCUGACCAUUUGUGCACCCUCGGAAGCAAAGAGAAUCCGUGUCAUUGUGCAGGGGGCGGAAUGGAAGACAUUACCAAAAGCGGUUUGGAUUGUGGAAUAAAGGGCAGCGCUAUUGCUGUGAGGAAGAAUGACGACACUGGCACAACCGCAAAGAAACAGAGAACAGAAAAGGUGGAUUCAAUGUUCACAGUGCCUGCACCCCCGCCACCCGGCCCUCAAAGCCCAAUGUCCAAUGCCCCCUUCUCUUCACCCAUCGCAAAGCAGCUUCUGGUGAGGACCAGAUCUAUAGGAACCAACACCCAAGAUGGAGGGCCAGAUACUGAUUCAUGUCACCCUGGCCCUUGUCAGCCAGGAACCAGUGUCAACCUGGAGGGCAUUGUGUGGCAUGAGACUGAGGAAGGUGUCCUUGUAGUCAACGUAACAUGGAGAAAAAGAACCUAUGUGGGGACUCUUUUGGACUGUACCAAGCAUGACUGGGCACCACCCAGAUUUUGUGAGUCACCAUCCAGUGACUCUGAUCUGGCAGGUGGCCGUGGCCGUGGUAAAAGGAUGCGACUGGCCAUUCCGGAUCGACCCUGUGUUGAACCUGGUCUCGCCAAGGUCCGAGGGCUGCCACAUAAGAGCCGUGGCGGGGGCAUUCACAGCAAGAGCCGAAGAGGAAGCCUCAAUCUGAUCAAUAACUGCAGAACACCCCCCUUUUUCACAGUUGAGGAGAUCAAGCCAAACUCCAUCCCAUCUGGCAAGAGGAAAAACAAACCACCGGCUGAUCUGGAUUUGAGUUUAGUCGCAGAUGACAUGAAGAAUGGAAACGGGAAGAGGAUCCGUGCCAAGUCCCGGAGUGCUCCUUCCACGCCACAGGGAAAGUUGGAUCCUACCUUUAUGGAUCCGGCAUGCACCUCUCCCAUACUGAUAGACUGCCCCCAUCCGAACUGUAACAAGAAAUACAAGCAUAUCAAUGGGCUGCGGUACCACCAGACACAUGCACACUUAGAUGUGGACCGGAAGCCAGAGUUUGAGGCUGAGAGUGAGGACAGACUGUCCGACUGUGAGGAGUCCCUCAGUAACAUGACUUUCGACUGCUCCGAGAUUACCAAUAGCUCAUCAAAGAAGCCCAGCCCUCUAUAUAAGGUUUCUACAAUAGGGUCUCCAAAAAGCAGACGAUUAAUGUUCAAUAGUGACCAUAGUCCCAUGGCAAAUUCUAAAAUGAGGAGGAAUUCGUUGAUCAAAGAGGGACUCAUUGAUGACUUGAGUAACUUACCAAUCAUCUCGAACAUGACGGUGGUACUGGAAAAUUGCCUUGUUACUGAUAGGAACUCUUCUGUCGAGAUGCCUAAGCUUGAAGCCGAGGGUUUGAUCGAUAAGAAGGGAGUGUGUGAUAAAGGGAAAAAGGUUAAUGGGAAAGUUGAGAAGUGUUCAUCUAAAUCUAGGACCAACAGGCCUAUAGCUCCUGCUCCCCCGAAGCUGAUUGCAAUCCCCAACACUGUGUUCUCCACUAACACAACGGAGGCCAACACCCAGCAGUCCUCCCCAUCAGCAGCUGUUGGUGUCACCACAACAAAGAACCUCUCACUUAAACCCAUCAAGCCAAAGUUAAACAUCAUGAUAGAGCCAAGUCUGGUGAAAACCCUAGUCACUUGCAAGGAGACCAGGAACAAAGAGAAACGAAGAUUAAAAGACAAACACAAUAAAGACACAAGGACCUCUAAUGGCGAUAGCAUUCAGCUAAAGAUGGAGGAGGGAAAGGUGGUGGGAAAAGAAACUUCUGGAAGCCUUCUAAAAGAGCACUUGAGCAAACAAGAUGUCAUGAACAGUCUAACGGAGUCUCAAGAGAGUAGAAUGGCCAGCAUCAGAGCUGAGGCAGACAAAGUGUACACAUUCACUGACAACUCUCCUAGUCCUUCCAUAGGUAGCUCUUCAAGACUGGACUGUGGCUCCCUUGAAAGUGGAGAUGGCACCACCACCAAGACUAACAGCCCGGCAUACUCAGACAUAUCGGAUGCAGGUGAUGAUGGGGGUUCAGACUGCCGUUCAGACACAAGGUCCAAAAGUCCAAGGUCCAUCUCAGCCUCUGAGAUGAACUCAAACAACAAUCCCAAUCUAAAUCCAAAGACUCCUCCAGCUGCAUCUAUUCCUGCAGGGCCUGUCAAAGACCCCCAGUCUCCUUUUUACCACGGAUAUGACCCCUACUAUAUCCAGAAUUACAUGCAGACCGGCCAGUCAAACACAGCUGCUUUCCAUAAGACCUCCACCCCUCAAGACAGUAAAUGCAAAAAGGAAGACUCAAAGGAGGGCAACGAGGGGAGAAACACCCCGGAAUUCUUUGAUUCGAAGAAGACCGAUGUCAUCAACUCAAGUUCGCAGUCCCAGCUUCAGAUGGCUAUGACACAAACACACACAGCCCUAGCCCAGUCCUUGUACUAUGGCCAGUAUGCACGAGGUCUUUACAUGGAUCAGAAACUCUUAAUUGCAUCCAAGUGCUGUGAUCAGCAGCAAAUCACCAAGCAGAGAGGAGGUCAAGCAAACCGAGAACAAGACGAGAUGAAACACAUGAUAACCUCGACAGCUGUAUUAUCUAAGGGGACAGACUCUGUGAAAACGUGCUGUGCCAAACCUGGGCUCUCGUUUGCAGAAAUGGAUGAGCGACCACAGACUCUGACCACACAGCCACAAGGGAAGCCGAUGCUCGUCAAUAUGACGGAAAACCAGGGACUUGUCAAAGACAGUGAUGAAAUGAAAUCAUCCAUGAAUCCAAAUAAUCAGACAGAUCUGGACUCAAAUGUAUCAUUUUCAAAUCAUGCAGAAGUCCAAUCCUGGUCCCGCCCGAAUCAAUCCAAUAAUGUGGAGCAGCAAAGUGAAGAGCUUAGCCAGAGCUCAGAGGAGUUAAAUGCUGACAGGUCUAAGGAGUGGGAGAUGCCCUCUGAGCCAGUGACAAAGUUGGGAGUAGAGCUCAAAAAGGCCAUGAACCAGAACGCCACCACAUCAGACAUAGAGGACUGUGAUAGGCUAGAGGAGCAGCAGCCAAUAGGGCUCAUGUCUGAGGACUCACAGAGUGCCAGGGUGGCCGUAUCACCAGCGAUGAACCACCAACAACAACCCUACAUCCAGUACCAUCAUUCCUACCAAUACCUACAGAUGCGUGACCCCAGCAACAACUCUUACAGGGUCAAGUCACCCACCCUGGUGCAUAACUACCCACGUUUCCACUAUCCUCUCUAUGGGAAAACAGCAGGCAGAGAGGAGUCGGAUUUGACUCAGAACAGCCGUAGUGUGAGCAGUAAGCCAGCCAGUGAGUCUACUGCCCUUGAGCUUCUGCAGCACCACAAUCUGCCAUACCAUGGCAAAUCCCAUGCGACUGGUGAGAAAGGAUCCCUUGAAGGAGAGAGAGAGACAGACCAGAAGAGGAACCAUGUUCCCUUUGCCAGGCACCUUCACACUCAUCAUCAUACACAUCUUGGUAUGAGCUACCCGCUCAUGUCUGGGCAGUACGAUCUUUUCCAAGGGAUAAGCUCUAGAGCCCUGGUUUCCAGCCAGCAGGUGUUGGCACACUCAUCUUCAACUGGUAUGUCCUCUUGGUUGGCCAAUCCAUACCCUCUCUAUGACAGGCCUGUUGUCUGAUCCUUUUGUCAAAAGAGAAAAGGAUCAGUUCUGAAUAAUGACAUGAGGUCGAUUUAGCAAACUUUAUUCAAUUAUCUUUAUUGUGAGAGGUAGGUAUUGUAUAUGAAAUCAAAUAAGAUGUUCAUGAUCUCUGCUUCUACAGAUAAUGAAGGGAAGAAGUAAAACCAUGUGACUGGCUCACAUGAGGAUAAGAAGAUUUACAGGCAUCAAUUCCAUGGUGUUAUAUUCAUAGCCUCUAUGGGAGGCAGAGACCAAUUUCAUUUGCGAUUUAGUCAAUAUUUUAUAAGGGUCACAGAGUAGUGGUAUUGUAAUAUUGGUGGAGAUAUGUAUCAAGUAACAAGACUUUGAAGUAUUUUGCAUUUGGAUGCCUGUCUGAAAACACACGUGACAAAACCCAUAGUGUCAUAGAAUCAGACAUAAAUUGCAGUGCUACAAAGUUUAUAUGCACAUGUAUCGUAGUGUAAUCAUAUGGUUGAAUGUACUGAAAUGUAUAAAAUCCCGAUGUUUUUUCCAUUGGGAAACUGCAGUUGAAGUGCAAGAGUCUAUAAAGUGGUCCUCCCAGUAUUACUUAAUUACAUUUGCAUACUGACUGUAGCCACGUGUUGAUUGUAUUGUCUUGUGUGAGAGUAAAUCUUCACAUUUUACCAGUGCCAUAUAAUUGUGGUGUAUAUAUUCUGUAUAGUUACAUGGCAUAGUAUUAAAUGCUUAUUAUUUAUGUUGGUUUUAAUUUCAAUGCAUUGUAUUGUGAUUUACAUUACAGCACAUUACUUGCAUAGUUCCAGUGGUUGUUCUAUCACUUGAAUAGUGCUAUAAACUCUGUUUACAAGUAUUGACAUCUCUGGAGAAACUCUUCAAUGAAGUUGCAUGAUCAGUGUAAUUCACACAGUGUAUCAAGUUACUUUGGAAUCAAUUAAACAUUGAAACUUCUGUUGCUUUUUUUUAUACUGUUUAUGCCUUAAUUAAUAUGUCUGGCAAUCAGAAUUAAAGGAAAGGGUGUUUAUAUACA